AUGAAUGCCCCAGAGUCCGACCGAACCUUCUCGCCCAAGCAGGCCUUGAAGCCUACACCAGAGCUCUAUGGUGAGAUCGUCGGUGAUGGCAUGGAACAACUCGCUGCUGCUUCUUUAUUCUCUGUGGGAUCGUUCGAUAAUUCCGAAGUCAACUUUCACGAUGUUGGAUGUGGCCUCGGAGCCGGUACCGAAGCUAUCAUGAGUUUGAAGCAAGACAAUAUUACCAUCAAAGGCACCGACAUAAACGACGACGUAUUGAAAAUAUACCGACAGAACGCUAAAAGCCAGUGGCCUGCCGAGGCUCUCAAGAUGGACGCGUCGAACCUUGAAUUCCCCGAUGAGACGUUCACUCAUUGCAUUGGCAACGCGUUGUUGUUUGUUCUCCCAAAUGACGGCAUCGACGCGAUCAAGGAGAUGCAUCGCACCUUGAAGCCUGGUGGUGUUGCGAUUCUCAACUCAUGGGCUCGUACGCCAACUAUUCCCGCUAUCCAUGCAGCAGCGAAAAAGACUCGACCAGAUGGUACACCUCUGCCACGAGAGGGACUGGACAAAUGGGAAGACAGAGAAUUUUUGAGGGAUGUAAUCAUCAAAGGAGGCUUUGAAGAGGAGAAAGUGAAGUUCUUCCAAAAGGAUGUUCAUGUUACCAUCGGCGAUCUUAGGCGUUUUGCGACUAUGAUAUGGAGCUUUAUUGGGGGAACUUCGAAGGUGGGAUGGCUUGAGUCGGAUGAGGAGAACUGGGAUAUAGCUGUUGAUGCAGUCGUUGAGGCGCUGACUGAGACGGAAGGGUAUGAGAGGCUUGAGGAUGGGAGGAAUAAGAUCAUGUUUCAGGCUCAUGUUGCCGUUGCUACCAAGUAG